UGGAAACAUUUUGAUUUCUUACAUUAUUCGAACUCCAACUGCGCCACCGCUCGUUUUGACCCCUCAUCUGAUCUCGGAUCAAAUACCCUUUAACUUAUUACAAUUCUCAGAUUCUCUUUUCCCUCAAUUGGCGGUAACUGUUUGUUCAUCCCUUCUUUCUCUCAAUUUCGAGUAAUGGAGCGAUGGGCUAUGAGACGUGUGGUGAUGAUGGCAUUUGCCGGUGUAUUGCUGUUGAAUUUGAGACAAUCAGAAGGGCUUAGGUUUGUGAUUGACAGAGAAGAAUGUUUCUCUCACAAUGUUCAGUACGACGGCGAUACUGUUCAUGUUUCUUUUGUUGUAAUCAAGACAGAUUCUGGAUGGCACUAUGGCGACGAUGGCGUUGAUCUUGUGAUAAAGGGUCCUUCUGGCGAACAUCUUCACGAUUUCCGUGACAAAGCUAGUGAAAAGCAUGAAUUUAUUGCUCACAACAAAGGUCUUCAUCGAUUCUGCUUCACGAACAAGUCCCCAUACCACGAAACCAUCGACUUUGAUGUGCACGUUGGUCACUUUUCAUACCACGAGCAGCAUGCGAAAGAUGAGCAUUUCAACCCUUUGUUGGAUCAAAUAUCUAAGUUGGAGGAAGCUCUUUACAAUAUUCAGUUUGAACAGCAUUGGUUAGAGGCUCAGACCGAUCGCCAGGCAAUAGUGAAUGAUGGAAUGAGCAAAAGGGCAGUCCACAAGGCAAUGUUUGAAUCAGCAGCAUUGGUAGGGGCCAGUGUUCUCCAAGUCUACUUGCUGCAGCGCUUGUUUGAAAGGAAGCUCCGGACAUCCAGAGUUUAA